AUGCCCGAUCGCCUCAUGCAUGACGUCAUCCAAGAAUGUAUCGCUGACGUCACGCCUUCGAGUAAUAUGGAUACCAACGGUAUUUCACAACAACCUCAACAUCCGUCCGAUUCGAACAUGCUCCAUUCGGCAUCGUCCACUUCGAUUGAAUCACUUUCCAGCUAUCCUGACUACACAUAUAGCAACAGCGGUCCCGGAUUGCCAUACAACCUCUCUAGCAAUUCACUGCCGUCAACGAUGUCGAACUUUGAAGUAUCCAUAAAUGGAGCGUCAUCGAUGCCGAAUUUAGAACACAUGCCCGAAUGUGACCCAGAUUAUAACGUCACGCUUACUCCCGAUAUGUAUUGUGAUAUGCGGCAAGCAAUGUCGAUGACACAAGCAGCGGAUGCUCCCAUGGGAGUGGAGCGUGUACGACAAAGCAACGAAUCGGUGCCCAACAGUCCAUCAGCCGAAUCGCAAGCAUCGUUUUACAUUGAAAGCAGCCGUCAUACCUUCACUGUAACAUACGAAUGUGAUAACAGUGGCGAACUCAACUUCCAAUUUGGUUCCAAUUCUAUCACAAGCCGCCUUGGUCCAAACAACGGCAUGUCGACGGUCCCACCGGCAGAACAGGCAACUGUCCACCCUCAACAGCAACAGCAGCAACAACUUCUCUGCAAAUCUAACUCUCUGCCAUCUGAAUACUAUGACUGUGAUCCAUAUAAUAAUCAACAACGUAUGGACUAUGAAGAUGCAUAUUACUAG